AUGGUUGAAAGUGGUCCAGACCAGUGGUUGGAAAAGAUAAAGAAAUGCCAGGUCCUGGCAGAGAGUGAGAUGAAGCAGCUAUGUGAGCUGUUUAAAGAACUUUUAAUGGAAGAGUCGAAUAUUCAGCCCGUGCGAACCCCAGUUACAGUGUGUGGAGACAUUCAUGGUCAGUUUCAUGACCUUCUAGAGCUAUUCAGGACGUCUGGGGGGUUCCCGGAUCAGGUGCACUACAUAUUUUUGGGAGAUUAUGUUGACCGUGGCUACUAUAGUUUAGAGACCUUUACAUUGCUAAUGUGUUUGAAAGUAAAAUACCCUUCUAAAAUAACUCUGGUUAGAGGAAAUCAUGAAUCUAGACAGAUCACGCAAGUUUACGGAUUUUACGAGGAAUGUUUAAAUAAGUACGGUUCUACUACUGUCUGGAAAUACUGCUGUCAAGUUUUUGACUUCUUGACAUUGGCCGCUAUUAUUGAUGGGAAAAUUUUAUGUGUUCACGGUGGACUAUCACCAGAAAUUAGAAUGUUGGAUCAGAUUCGUGUCCUUUCUAGAGCACAAGAAGUUCCUCAUGAAGGUGGGUUUUCUGACUUAUUAUGGAGUGACCCUGAUAAUGUUGAUGCAUGGCAAGUUUCUCCCCGUGGUGCCGGAUGGCUUUUUGGAAGCAAAGUGGCGCGGGAAUUCAACUAUGUCAAUGGACUGAAUUUGAUUGCCAGGGCGCACCAAUUGGUAAUGGAGGGAUUUAAAUAUCAUUUUCCUGGAAAAGACGUUGUGACGGUUUGGUCAGCACCCAAUUACUGUUAUAGGUGUGGUAACGUCGCAAGUGUAAUGAAAGUCGACGAAGACUUAGAACCAACUUUUAAAAUAUUCUCUGCUGUACCUGAUGACUACGUUCAAGAAACAAACCAUAAUAACCAAAGAGGUGGAUACUUCUUGUGA